AUGCCCCCCAUCCACCUUAUAGUGCGAGGCAACCGCCCCGGGAAGCCUGUUCAGCUGCAAGAGUACGAGAUUAAGUAUCUGUGUACGAAGGCUAGGGAAAUCUUCAUCGGUCAGCCGAUAUUGUUGGAAUUGGAGGCACCCAUCAAAAUAUGCGGUGAUAUUCACGGUCAAUAUUACGACCUACUUCGCUUGUUCGAAUACGGCGGCUUCCCUCCUGAGGCGAACUACCUCUUCCUCGGCGACUACGUAGACCGAGGUAAACAAUCGCUUGAAACCAUCUGCCUACUCCUCGCCUACAAGAUCAAAUACCCCGAAAACUUUUUCAUUCUUCGCGGCAAUCACGAAUGUGCUAGUAUCAACAGAAUAUACGGGUUCUACGAUGAAUGUAAACGUCGGUAUAAUAUCAAGCUAUGGAAAACGUUCACGGAUUGCUUCAACUGCCUACCCAUCGCGGCAAUCGUGGACGAAAAAAUUUUCACGAUGCACGGAGGGCUGAGUCCGGACUUGCAAUCUAUGGAGCAAAUUCGCCGGGUUAUGAGGCCAACAGACGUCCCAGACACAGGUCUUCUUUGCGACCUACUAUGGUCAGAUCCAGACAAGGACAUCACUGGCUGGUCAGAAAAUGACCGUGGCGUCUCGUUUACGUUUGGCCCCGAUGUAGUGUCGAGAUUCCUGCAAAAACAUGACAUGGACUUAAUAUGUAGAGCACACCAGGUCGUCGAAGACGGCUACGAAUUUUUCGCGAAGCGCCAUCUCGUCACUCUGUUCUCGGCCCCUAAUUAUUGCGGAGAGUUCGAUAAUGCAGGUGCUAUGAUGAGCGUAGACGAGACUCUACUGUGCUCCUUCCAGAUAUUGAAACCGGCCGAGAAGAAAGCCAAAUACCCUUACGGCGGUAUGAACAUGGGACGACCAGUAACACCACCUCGUAAGCAGAAGAAGAAGGAUGGUAAGAUGGGUUGA